GCAGUGUCUGCCUUAUAUCUCACAGCUCAGCUGUGAUCCAGACUUCUUCCAGAGUGUGUGCACAUCCAUGUCUGUAAGAUCCAGAGAGGAGGCCCAGCAGCUGGAGUCUCUGCUGCAGCUGCUGGGCUUCCAGCUGCUGCUAACAGGAGAGUUACACAGGAAAAGCUGCUGGUCUGUGGGGAGAGUUCUCAGACUGUGUGGCUCUAAAGUGGAUCUCAUCCUCACACCCAGCAAGAUGUCUGCCAGAGGAGGCGCUCUGCUCUUCAGACACACAACACAACUACACAGUCUGAGGCUUUCCAUCGACAUGUCCUUGCUCCUGUCUCAGUGGGUAAGAAGAGGCAGAGCGGCCUGUCGGCUGGCUGUUGAAGAGCUUUCUCUUGUGCCUAAGAAAGCCCGACCAUCACACAGAGUAUUGUUGAGGGCUGUCAGUAGUUUGGCUUCCCUGCUGAGAUACUGGACAGUCGGACGGUUAGACCUGACUGAGACCUGCAUCCCUGCUCAGGGUCUCAUUGCACUGCUGCUCCAUGAUGGUCCUCUGACAGUCAAACUGAGUGAAGAGAGCUUCCAGCAGCUUCUGUCUCUCCUGCAUGAAACCCAGGACAAGGACUUGACGUUGUCCUUCUUGAGUAAGGUUGGUGGAGACCUGACCUCCUGCUGUCUGAGCUGGGAGCUUCUUCACUAUCUGCUGCAGCAGCCGUCAGCUCAGACCAUCACUGUGAACCUGAGGAAGAACCUGUUCUUACAGGAGGAAACCACACGUCUGCUUCCCUUCCUGGACAGGAUUGUGUUUAAAAGGCCCAGUCCCAGCUUUGUGAUCAGCUCCAUCAGAGAGCUCUACAGAGCUCACAACAGUCACACUGUACCCAGUUUACUGAGGUCACUCGGUCAUGUGAUCAACCUGAGCUGCAGAAAGCUGGACUCAGUGGACUGUGCCGCUCUGAUCUUCAUCCUCAAACACGGAGACGGAGUCAAACUGAACCUGCUGUGGACCUCCAUACCAGCAGGGGGAGUAGAGUCCAUCCUCCUCAUGCUGGACAACGUUUCUCAUCUCAGUGUUGACAGGAACCAGCUGCUGAGGUUCAUCCACUGCUGUGCUGCCUGUGACGUCCAGCAGGAGGCAGCGUCAGGCCUGCUGAGGACUCUGCAGCACAGCUUGGAUCUGUCCUGCUCCUCCUGUGUGGAGCUACCAGAGGAGGAUCAGCCUGAGCCUCUGAGUCUGACUGCUGAUGACUGCAGGGCCGUCUCCACCAUCCUGACACACAGCAGCCGGGACACACAGCUGGACCUGCGAGACUGUGAGGUGGAGGACAGCGUGUUGGACCUGCUGUUUCCUGUCCUCCACAGGGUCCGCCUCAGAGUCAGUAAAACUGUCCUCCUCCAGCUGCUGUCUCUGGUUCCUGUGAACAGUGAGAGGGACACAGUGAGGCGGGCGGUGUACCUGUGUACAGCCCUGGGUGGAGAGCUGGAUCUCAGUCACAGCACACUGGAUCAGAGGGUCUGUGGGGCUUUGGUCCAGAUGCUGGACUCGUGUGAGGGGCUGACAGAGCUGGACCUCAGUCACUGUCAGCUCACUGACCAGCUGCUGCUCCCUCUCAUCACACAUCUGCACAAAGUCCAAGUCCUAGAUCUGAGUCACAAUCAGAUCACUGAUGCUUCGACUGAUGUGUUACUCCAGCUGCUCUCCAUCAACCCCUCCAUCCACUCUGUGCGACUCUUCAGCAACAACAUCGUGCACAGAGCAGCCUUCAAGGAACACACGCAGUUUGAGAUCUGGUGAAGCGCUCGGCAUCAUCACUGUCGUCAUUAUCAUCAUCCUCCUGGUCAUCAUUAUCAUCAUGGUCGUCAUCAUCAUCAGAGCAGCCUUCAAGAAACACACGCAGUUUGAGAUCUGGUGAAGCGCUCGUCAUCAUCUUUAUCAUUGUCGUCAUGGUCGUCAUCAUCAGGGAGAUGUAGUUUUAUGGUCUCAGUAAAAACUCUCGCAAUUGCUUCAUACUAAUCUGUAAUAUACAAGAGCAAUAAUAGGUCAGUAAGCGUUAAUAACUACUUUAGAGUAUUUUCUUUUUCAUGUCGUAAUUAAAAUGCUUUGUUUUAUUUAUUUGUGUAGAAACAAGCACGUCUCAUGUUUCUGCUGAUUUUUAUUUUAUGGAGAUCUGAAGCCAUCUAGUGGUCAUCCCAAUAUUUACACAUCAGGUUGUAUUAUUGUGAUUAAAAUAUUUUCAAUUAGUGAAAAAACAAAGGCUGUAACAGUUACACUGUACAUUGUACAGUUCUGAGUCGGCUUUGUUUAUUUUUGGUACUUUUGCAAUAACUGUGCUGAUUUUUGUGUACUCGCACACAAAUGUUGAUUCCACGAAAUACAAACAGAUACUGAAAAGUGUAACAGCUGAAUUGUUUAUUGAACAAAUAAUGAACAAGUUCUCACAAUCAUCUCUUCCCGAUGGAAUGUCAUAUAUCAGUAAUAACAAAAAAAAGGACGUCACAGCAGAAGCAUAAUGUGUUGUACAUGUAUUUUUCAUUUAUUGUAUUUACCAACAUCAAGACGUUGCAAGCAAGCAGCACAUUAAAGACGUGCAGUGUUUUCAGAAAGAAGUUUUUUAGACCGGCUGUUAUUUUGUUACUACAGAUAUGUGAAAUGUGCUGUUAUGGUUUAUUAUACAAAUCAUUUAAACAUUAUAGUCCAUUGUAAAGUCCAUUGUGAGAACUUGUUCAAUAUUUGUUUAAUAAAAGAUUCAGCGGUUACAUGCGUUAUACAUGAUUUGAUUUGACUGAUUAGCAUUCAAAUAUCUCAGUGAAUACAGAAUAAAGAUUACCACAAGGCAAGAAAGCAUGAGACAAGGCUAAUCAAAAGGUAUUGGCUGAAGCAUUUGCUUAUUACGCCAACCCUUUUAACAAAAAAUCUAUUGCAUGCAGCUCCUGUACACAGGGCUCGAAGCAAAGAAUAAAACAAAGCAAAGC